AUGAAAUCCAUUCGCACAUGGAGCUACAAGUCCCUCCGUCAAAGCGACAAUGGUACCGAUCCAACCGAUUCUACUCAUCGCGAAUUUCCGAUAUUGUAUAUGCACAUGGGAUGGAUUAUGGCUAGUCUGUUUGCUUUCAGUACCGCCUAUCUUCUCUUUCAGCCACCGGCGGUAACUAAUUACCGCCCUACUACGUCGGUCGGAUCAUUCAAUGCCGGAUUCUCUACUGAAUUCGGCCCCGUUAAGCCGCACAUCGAGGAGGAAUCAACUAUGUUUUGGGGAGGACCAAGGUGGUAUGACAAUGGUACGGGCUACCAUCUUCAUAAUCCUUCCGAGCCGAUUUAUGUUGGAACACCGACCCCUGAGAUAGAUGCGGCAUGGGGCAAGUUGCUCAAAGGCCGAUAUUUCAAUAUCACGGAGGAGGAAGCGGCGAUGACUUUCGGCAGGGCUCAUGGGCUGUACAAUCAUCCCGAUGGUGUAGGCUACCUCAUUGGUCUUGACAUCUUCCAUACUCUGCAUUGCGUGGACGAACUCAGGAAAGCUCUGGAUCGUGAUCACUAUUUCAACAAGAAAACGAAACAGCAGCUGAUGUGUCAUGCUGAUUUGACGCCGAUACCUGUCAUUUGGAAAUGGGAUGCUGUACGACAGUUCAUAUCAAGCCGGGCUACUUGA